UCUGUAGGCUUGUCUGCCUAUGCACCUUUAUCGUGUCAUGCUUCAAGAGCGACCUUGCAAAACCAACUCGAUAUCAUGAACCAGCAGCUACGUGUUUUUUUAUAAAAUCAAUUAUUGAUUAAAAUGUAUCUGAUAGAACUUUUUCCAGCGACUUUCAUGAGUUUUUCAUUGAAUAUAAGUAGCAUCUGAAACAACACUAGUAAUAUGACAUUUUGCUUCAGAUACUCCGCCUAUGAUUUGUGUUACCGCCCCUUUGUGAUUUCACGAAUAAUUUUCUGGCCUGAGAAUUUGCUAUUGUUAUGGAGAAUCGUGUAAAGGCCUUUAUUUUCGUUUCAUUCGACUUACAACAAUGAACAUCAAGUUUGAUUGUUAUUUCAAAAGAAGCACUGUUUGACACCUUUUGUCGUUUGUAAUGCACAAAACGAGUGGAAUCUUUGAAGUGAGUAAGGUCGUUGCAAAGGCGGUAAAUAAAGUUCGGGUAUUUCAACAAGAUUAGUCCAGGUUAUGGCAAACACUUCUGAAGAGGCGGAUGGUGAGACGUCUAAGCUGCAAGACGGGGAGAAAAAAAAUCUCGGAGAGAAACGGAAAUAUGACCCAAACUUUAAAGGACCAAUCAAAAACCGUGGAUGCACAGAUAUUCCUUGUUGCGUUCUUUUUGGAUUAUACAUGACUGGCAUGAUAAUUGUUGGCAUUAUUGGAUAUCUUGAAGGAAAUCCAAAACGACUGCUUUUUCCAACCAAUAGUCAAGGCAAAAUAUGCGGCUUGGAUGAGCCGUCGAAGCCGUAUCUUUACUUCUUUGAUCUUACAAGCUGCAUUACAAAGGGAACUCUUAACCCAGUCACGUAUGUCAAAAAGGGCCUAAGCUGUCCAACGCCACAGAUCUGUGUGAAAAGUUGUCCUAAUUUUAAUGCAAUCGGGGCAACUGACAGUGACAAGAUGAUCUGUACUGCAGGAACUGUCGUAAACAGUAAGACGUCUUUGCAAGACAAGCUGCAGCUGAUUAAAGAUGGCAAAUGUGCCCCUUAUUAUCUGCAAUCCAAGCCAGUAUUCUAUAGAUGCUUGCCAAAUGUUGUACGUGAUGUGAUUGACUCUUUGAAUCUCAAGGACAAGUUUAAUCAGAACGUAACUGGAAAAGAAAUAGAUGCAAGUGAAAAAGCAUUGGCAUCUUUGUUGAAUCUUCAAAAUAUUGGUAUUCAGAUCCUAGACGAGCUUCGCACAACCUAUUAUUGGAUAAUCGUAGGAUUCGUUAUCGCCAUGGUUUUGUCGUUGCUCUAUAUCGUGCUUUCAAGGUGGAUAACGUUUCCAAUGGUCAUUGUCACAGCUCUCGGCUUACUUGCUUUAUUUAUUUAUGGCAUCUACUACUGCUUUGCUAAGUAUAAGUAUCUGGUUGAUUCUGGGACAAGCAAGGAUAUUGUUUGGAAAUUUACUUUGAAUUUGGACAACUAUACGCGCUCCAAGAAUACGUGGAUGGUGCUUGGAAUUGCCCUUUUGAUCAUGUUCGUCAUACUGUUUCUGAUCAUGGCCUUCUUAUACAGCAGAGUAAAAAUUGCUUGCGGAUUGAUUGCUGAAGCCAGCAGAGCCGUUUGCUCCAUGCUGUCGGCCUUGUUCUUUCCAUUGCUGCUGUGGGUUUUUCAGCUCGCGUGGUUUGCGUGGUUUAUUGCUGUUUUAUUAUGCUUGGCAUCAAAUGGCACUAAAGAAUACCGGGUGCUUGAAGAUGACACAACGUACAACAUCACCAAUGGUACUGUUUGUGAUCCAAAGAAAUUCUCAUCUCAGUAUCCUGGGACCAAUGCAUCUUGUGUAUUUAGCAAGUACAAAGAAAACAACAUUUUGCUUCGUCUGCAAGUUUUCCAUGUUUUUGGUUGGCUAUGGGGAGCAAAUUUUCUUAUCGCCCUUGGUGAAUGCACUCUUGCUGGCGCCUUUGCAUCGUAUUACUGGGCAUGGGAAAAGCCAAAGGAUAUUCCAGCCCUUCCAGUUCUUUCAUCACUAAAUCGAGCGUUGAGCAACCAUGCCGGCUCUCUUGCAUUUGGUGCAGCAAUAAUUGCCGUUGUGCAGCUGAUAAGAGUGACAUUGGAAUACAUCGAUCGAAAGCUCAAAGAAAAUACGGACAACCCUGUGGCAAGCUUUAUAAUGAAAUGUUUGAAGUGCUGUUUCUGGUGCUUGGAAAAAUGUCUGCGGUUCUUGAACAAGAAUGCUUACAUAAUGAUUGCUAUUUAUGGCAAAGGAUUCUGUAACUCUGCUAAAGAAGUAUUCUGGCUCUUUGUAAGAAAUCCAAUUCGGCUACUGACAAUUAACGGCGUGACUGGUUUUCUGCUCUUUCUGGGCAAGCUACUUGUCACUGGUAUCAUAGGGGUUGCUAGCUUCUUCUGGUUCGAAAAAUACAACGCGAACCUGCCAGAUAAGCUGAAUUAUGCUGUUGUGCCAAUUUUGAUAUGCGUCAUUGGUGCCUAUCUUGUUACAAUCCUUUUCUUCAAUGUUUACGACAUGGGGAUCGACACAAUAUUUCUGUGUUUCCUUGAAGAUUUAGAGCGUCACGAUGGCUCUGAAGAAAAGCCAUAUUUCAUGACAAAGAGCUUGAAAAAGCUGAUGGAUGUGAAGAACAAACAACCUGCGGAGGCUUCUGCAACUUGAACAAUUCAUCAAAAACGCUUUUAUUGGAUGAGUUUAAACCACUUUGAUCAACUAUCCAGUGACACUUAAAUCUGAAUAAUUUUUGAUACAUGAAUAUUUUUUCCAGAAACUUGCACCGUUCAAGCUUUAAAUUAAUUACGUUGCACCUAGAGGAAAAGUAACACCGUUUUUCUGUUCAUCGUCUUGAAAAUAUUUUAGUUUAAGUCAAAUGAUUGCUGUUUUCAAUAACAGGAAGGAAUUAGAAGUAGGCUAGUGGUCUGCGGAAGCUUUGAAGCAAAAGCUUGGCUGGAAUUCUGCGAUCGCUACUAGGCCUUCUAGUAUUCUUACUGUCAUCGUGGAAGUUGCACUGGAACAACAUCACUUGUGUUUAACUAAUGGACAACUGAGAAGUUUGAAUCCUUUGCUUUUUAACAAGGGCUAGUUCAGGUCAUUUUGAAAUUGGCUAUCCUCGUUGCUUAAAUCGGGUUUGUUAAAAUAUCUCAUAGUGUUUGCUCCGUUCCAAACCAAACAAUGUUUUUUACGAUGAAAGUAGACAAUUUUGGUAUUCAAGUUCCCGUUUAUCAUUUUUGGCUAAUGGUUAUUUACGUUUUGAAGUAACAGUUAUUAUUUCUAAUAUUCAUGGUAUUUAUACAGUCUUUAGGCUGUGACGCUUUUUUCCCAAUUGUUUGAUUUUCCAAUGUGAUAUUUAAAUUUAGAAUAUUUGUUUGAUUGAUUUUCUAUACUUUAUUUUGA